AUGCGAGGCCAUUUGUUUUUCUACGGCCCGCGAAGAGCUCCUCCACGCGGCGCAGAAAUUAUUGUGGGGGGCGUUCCAAUUGCUGUCAAGCCGACGUUACUCUACCUCGGCGUCUUGCUUGACAGCAAGUGGAACUUUGAGGCUCAUUUUAAGCGCUUAGCGCCCAAAUUACUACGCGCAGCGGCGGCCUUUGGGCGCAUACUGCCCAACCUGGGUGGACCCAUGGCCUCAUGUCGCCGCUUGUAUAUGGGUGUGGUGCGCUCCAUGGCGCUUUACGGUGCCCCAGUGUGGGCGGAUUCUCUCAGUAGCUACAACAUAGGCCCAAUUGCGACGACCGCAGAGGGCAAUGGCGCUGAGAGUAAUCAGAGGGUACCGCACGGUGAGCGCGGGGGCCGCGUGCGUGCUGGCCGGUUCUCUGCCCUGGGACCUGGAUGCGAGAACCCUCGCGGCGCUGUACCAGUGGCGCGGGGAGGCGCGGGCCCGGGGCGACCCGAAAGCACCUCAGGAGGUGGAAAGCAGCGCACAGAGCUGCUAGAGGAGGCGACGGAGAUGUGGGUGCAGCGGCUGGAACGGCCGAGUGCUGGCUCUCGCACUAUAGAGGCGGUUCGCCCAGUCCUCCGUGACUGGGUUGAAAGGCGCUCCGGGGUUCUUACCUUCCGACUAACGCAGGUACUGUCGGGGCAUGGCUGUUUCGGCAGCUACCUGCACAAGGUUGCCCAGCGGGAACCGACUCCGGAGUGUCACCAAUGCGGAGCCGACGUAGACUCGGCCCAACACACACUGGCUGAGUGUCCAGUUUGGGGCGAGGAAAGAGAGGAACUGGUCGCCCAAUUAGGGCAGGACCUUUCGCUGCCAGCCGUAGUUCGGGCCAUGCUGGGCAGCGAAAGAGCGUGGGAGACUGUGCUCACGUUUUGCGAGCACGUCAUACGAGACAAAGAGGCGGCCGAGCGCGAACGGGAAGCCCUGGCCGAGGCUAACCCGAUGCGCCGCCGCCGCACAGGACGCAGACGUGCCGCCCAUGAGCGGAACCUGCCGCCCUAA